AUGCAAGCAUUGCCGAAAGGUUGGAAACGCGAGGAAGUGCUUGUAGUCGGCCUAGCUAAACAUAAACUCACAGAGACGAUUUACAUCUCACCAGAAGGGAAACGCAUUAAAACGAAGAAAGAACUGAUGCAAGCGCUAGGGCCCACGUGGAACGCGCCCGAAUGCUUCGAUUUCAAAACCGGAACAUUCUCUCCCGACCUUCUCAAGAUUAAACAAGAGAAAGACUACAAGAAAACCGACUACAUUAUCAAGCACGGUGUUCGCCCGAUCGAGUACGACUUUGAUCUUCCUGUUCGUCGAGCACAAUGGUGCGGAGAAAUGCCUCUAAAACUCGUGCGUGGUUUUCCAGACAACAAGGUCGUCAAGGACUAUCCAAAUCGAGAAAAAGACGAAUCAGCAAGACCUGUCCCCCCUGUUCGCUCCCGGCCAUGCCAGCUUCUGUCCGAGAAGAGACUUGAGAAGAUGUUCCCUGUCGAUGUCCACGGGGAAAAGGUUGGGGAUGUCCCUCUCCCAGAUGGAAUCAAGCCUUCGUUACCGGAUGUGUUCGACGAUAGCUGCGUGAUGACUCGACUGAGCUCGCAACUAGUGAGCACGAAGCUCCCCGUUCAAGGACAAAAAGAAGUCGUCCCGAAGCAGAUUGAAAUCGCCGAAGAAGGAAGAAACGUCAAUAAAGCUUUAUUGACAUCUGAUGCAGUUCAACCGCUUUGCACAAACGUUAGCAUUUCUGACAAGGAUAUUUAUGCCCAAGAAGAUAAAGUUCGACGAACUCAACUGGCACUUGCGGAAAUGAUGAAAAAAUAUCGCAUGCAGCAACAAGCUUUAGUCAACUAA